GAUGUUCUGGUCUGUCAGGACUGCCACAUGUAUAGAAGAAGAGAUACUUUUGCUCACGUUUCUGCUGUCUGUGUGUGAGUAGUUUGCUGGUUCAUGUCAAAAUAAGGUUGUCGACGGAGGUGGUUUGCCAUGGCAUCACGAGCAGGACCACGGGCCACAGGAACAGACGGCAGCGACUACCAGCACCGUGAGCGCGUCGCGUCACACUAUCAGAUGAGUGUGGCCCUGAAGUCUGAGAUCAAGAAAUUGAACAUCGCUCAUGCAGUGGUCUGGUUUCUUGUCGCAGCACAGGUGCUUGUCAGCCAACUUAACCUGGUGUCUCAUAAAGUAGUGGCCUCUCCAUACCAGUGGGAAUACACAUAUCUCCUGAGCAUCAUACCUACUGUCUUCAGUUUCAUGGCUUUACCGAAAAACAACAUCAGCUAUCUGGUCAUCUCAAUGAUCAGCGGAGGGCUUUUCUGCAUCGGCCCUAUUCUUUACGGGGGAAUGGAGAUGUUCCCUGUGGCUCAGCAGCUUUAUCGCCACGGCAAAGCUUAUAGGUUCAUCUUUGGCUUCUCUGCCGUGUCUAUAAUGUACUUAGUCUUGAUUAUUUCAGUUCAGGUACACGGCUGGCAGAUCUACUACAGUAAAAAGCUGCUGGAUGCCUGGUUCACCAACACACAAGACAAAAAGAAAAAAUAAGGGACUUCUGGUGGAUGUUUAGUGUAAAAUAAGUUUUUGUGUCUUUAUUUUGUUUCCUAAAGGCUCUGCAAUCAAAUAAUUGUUAUGAUUAACUGAAUUGAUCCGAAAAGGAGAUCAGAUUUGUUAAACCAGGAUGUUCGGUGUCUGUCAAGCUUCUCAUCCACUGGCUCUCAGCCCAGAUCAAGACGUCACUGAUGUCCGUUUCUGCUUGGGUUUGAACUGCUGGCUUUGUAAUCUCUAUCUGUUUUCACCAUGUUUUCUUCACGCUGUCUUUUCAUAUACCUCAUGUCUUAUGAAUCAAACUCAGAAGAUCCACAGUUAUUCAUUUAAUGAAAUAGUUUCAUAUUUUUUUCUCCCCCCAGUAAUUUGCUAACAAUAAAAUGCCAAUAAAAUGUAAUCUUUAACAAUUUUUGAAUAUUCUUGUUUAAAUUCACAGACAAAUUUAUGAUUGCAGUCAUGUAACAGAUCUAAAUGCUAAAUGAUAUAACAUAUAUAUAACAUAUAUUUCAAAAUAAUAAUAAUAAUAAUGAGAAGAAAUAUUGCUCAAUUUACAAUAUGGUUUGAAUUUAGUUUGAACUAAGAACAAACAGUACUAGACUAGUACAGCAUUUAUUAUUCACAGUUCAACAUUUACUAAUGCAUUAUGAAAUAAAUAAAGUAGCAUUCUAAAAAUUAAUGCUUGCUAACUUUAGUUAAUGAACUGUUAACAUGAAUUUUUAUUAACAAUUAAUAAAUACUGUAAUAGACCAUUUUGAAGAAUUUAAACAAUAACAAUGGUUCAUGUUACUUAACACAUUAACUAACAUUAAGUGUUACCAAAAUAUGUUGUGAUAUACAGUAGGAGCAAUAUUGGUCAUUGAAAUUAAUUGGUAAAAUACUAUAUUUUUUUCUCCUGUAUGUGUACAGUAUAAAUGUUGCCAUGUCUUUUAUUUUUACAUUCUACAAUAAAUAAAUAAUUUUAUUUCUUUGAAUCAAAAAA